AUGUAUCCCUGGAACACCACCCUCCCCCCGCCGCCCUCCGCGACCGGCCGACUCCAAUUUCCCGCCUCCACCUCCACCUCCUCACCCGCGCACACCUCCCACCAGAUGUCGUCGAUGCAAUGGCGGCCGUCGAUGACGUCGCGCUCCUCUACACAAGGACCCCUCGCCGGGCUACAUAUGAACCAAGGUUCGGCGACGGGGUCCUCCCCUACCCCCGGGUCCACCGCUUCUCCGUUUCGCCCUAUGUCGCUGUCGCGUCCGCGCUCUAAUCACGAGAUGCCGCCUGUAUCAGUGGUCAUCGAGUCGCGUGCCCAGCCGCGCAUCGACGGCUUAGAUAGCUCGGACAGUGAGCGGUCGGUGGAUGGGAUCGGCACGCGGGGCGCGACGACGUCCGGACUAGCCCGCACGGGUGAUAACCGCGAGGGGAACAAGAACCGACGGGAUCAGACAGACAGAGACGCACCCGAUGACGACGCAGUCAUGAUCGUGGACGAAGGGCCAAACGAAAGCGGGAUGGGCCGAGCCGAGUCAAGCAGCACGGCCGCGACAAACACCAACACCAACAACACCACCAACAACAACAACACGCACGGCCAUCCGAACAGCAACCGCCGACACGGCAAGCGCCUCACCACCCUAGAAGAAGUAUCCCUAUUCGACAUCUGCAACCGCCACGCCGCAGACUUCGGCCACCGCAGCAGCCUCUGCAAGUGGUGGAUGACAGUGACGGAGGAAUUCACCCGCGACCAGGGCCACCCAUACUCAUGGCACAGCGUCCGCCGCAAGGUCGAGAUCGUCACCAAGCAGCGCCAGAAGUUCCUCGAGGAGUCGCGCCAGCAGCGCGAGCCACCCGUUGACAGCGCGAACCCGCGCUGGCGCGUCGCCGUCGACGCUUGGAUCCCUACCUGGCAGCGCUGGGAGGAGGCCGAGGCCCGCCGCAUUGAGAAGCGCGAUAUGCGUCGCCCGCGCAAGCGCAAGUACUGGGAGGCGUCGUCGCCUUGGGAUGUCAUCUCGACGAUGUCUUGCGAUGGGGGGUGGAAGGCUCCGCCGGCGCCGGCGCCGGUGCCGUCGCUACCGGCAUCGGGGAGCGGAGAGUCUCCGUCGAGUACGGCGCCAGCAGCAGCAGCAGCAGCAGCACCACCACCACCACCCGCAGGGGAUGUCAGCGGUAGUCGGAGCCAGCAGGACGGGUUUACGUCUACGUCUACGUCUACGUCUACGCCUGUGCCUGCGCCUAUUUCCACGCCAACGGCGGUGCGCCUUCCCCCAGGCUUCGACACCAUGUUCCAGGGGAACUCGCCCGCGACGCCCAUCCACCACACCCCGACAGCACAGGCACCGUCCAUGGACGCGGGCGUCAUGUCCGCCAUGCUCGAGACGCUGGGGAAACUGAAUAAACACCUCGACGCAGCAGCCAGCACGACCCCGACAGAAGUUCCCCGUGCACCACAAUUACCAGUACCAUUGCAGUUACCACCAUCCUCCGCCUCCUCCGCGGCCUCUAUAUCAUCAGCUCCGUCCUCGGAGCGAGAAAACCUCUCCCCUCGUCCCAGCAUCCAAGACAAUAAUCACAGCAAUGCCAAUACCAACACCAACAAAACCAACUCCCCCGGCAAUCUCUCCACAGCAGCAAUAACGCAACUCAAAAACGAACUCCGACUCGAAAUGCGCGACGAGAUCCACCGCGAGCUGGAGAAAGAUCGCGCGGCGCUGGAGGAGAAGCUGGAUGCCGUGCAGCGGACGCAGGAUAUGAUUCUGGAGAUGUUGAGGCAGGAGCCUGCUUGA